ACUCCUCAAAUCGUGAUUCUUCCAGAUCGUGAAUAUCAUCUCUCUCGGUCUCUCGAUUUCUCGCUUGGUUCUGUUAAUCGAUCUCUUCCCCGCCGUUUCUUUCGUACUCGCAGAUGGCGUGGGUGUGGCUGGAAGCGGCUCUGCCUCUAGGGAUCAUAGCUGGAAUGCUUUGUGUCAUGGGGAAUUCGCAGUACUAUAUCCAUAAAGCUUAUCACGGCCGGCCGAAGCACAUUGGUCACGACGAGUGGGACGUUGCCAUGGAAAGACGCGACAAGAAGGUCAUGGGCGACUCGUCCUGAAUCCCGAUCCCGUUCACAGUGGGGGCUUAAGGUUGAAAAUUUGAAGAAGAAGAAGAAGAAGCUGUAAUAAUAAUAGACGGAUCCUUUCUCUGUUUUUUUUCCUUUGACGUUUGUCGACUCGUGUACUUGCUAUCAAAAUAAAAUAAAUUUUUUGAUAAUUAUAUAAAAA